AUGGCCGGCAUAAAGAAAUAUUACGAACAUUCGGCUAAACCUUCAGCUCAACUAAAUCAAUCAGUAAAAUGUCCAAAACUAUAUGGCAUUGUUGAAUUUGAAAUUGAAGUAACAGAAUUGCUAGAAAAUAUUUCGAUUGCUCUACAUUAUUUACAAAAGAUUGACUUACUUUGUGCCACCAAUAACGAAUUGCAAAUUUUUCAAAAUGAUAUUGCAGCAUUAAUUGUUGCAGUAACAAAUCUCAAAUAUAAAAUACAGAAAGCAUUCAAAGAUAUUACUUUUCAGGAAGAUAUGCAUUGUUUAGCAUCAAGUAAAGAAAGUAUUCAUGGAUUAAAUUCACGAGAAAUAUCUGAUAAAACAUGGCGUAACAUUCAUCAAUCAAAAGAAUUCGAUGAAAUACAAAAUGAUUCAAUGAUAUUUCAUCGUCGUUUUGCAGCUGGUUCUUGCAUAUUACAGAAAAAAAUACGACAAAAUGAUAAAAAACAGAAAUCCAGAAAAACUGAUCCGGUUCUGUUUGAAAAGAAGAUUAAUCAACAUUCCGGACAAAUUGGUUCGAAAUUAAAACAAUUGGCAAAAUUGCCAAGCUAUGAUGUUUCGUAUAAUUCAGAGAUUUUACAUUCAUCAAAUGAACAAAAUGUUAAAAAAAAAUGCAAUGAAUUAAAAAAGAAAACAAAAAUUUGA